AUGCAAAGGCACCAGGGUGAUUGCAUCCAAAGGAAAGGAAAUCACAAAUUGAAAGUUGCAUCAGAUUUUUCCUUACUGCAGCUGUGGGAUAGUAGCUGGUUUAGUUCAACGCAAGACAAAAUUCACUCUAUUGUUUUUGUCAGUCAGAAAAUCUUGUCAAGAAAUCCUUGGCAAGGAAAAAUCACUGAAGAGGUUUGGAUUCAAAAUUCCUUGAUCAUUGGUUUUCAUCCCAAGUCUUCCACUGCCAUUUCCAAGUGUAUGAUAAUGGGUGCUUCAGUUUCAACUGUAUACUUCAAUUUGAGACUUAGGCACCCAACACUGGACAUGCCCCUUAUAGAUUAUGAUAUGGCAUUUCUCUUUCAGCCAAUGCUCAUGCUGGGCAUCAGCAUAGGAGUUGCCUUCAACGUCAUGUUUGCCGACUGGAUGGAGAUCAAGUUUGGUUGGAAAAUUGUAGUUAGCUCAAUAGUUGGGUUCUUUGGUGCAGCAUUGGGUAGUGUGGGAGACAGAAUUGAAGAACUGUAUGCCAUCCUAUUGGUCAUGCAGCCAACGCUCAUGCUAGGCAUCAGCAUAGAAGUUGCCUUCAACAUCAUGUUCGCCAACUGGAUGGUCACAGUUCUACUUAUCAUUCUCUUCUUAGGUACAGCGGCAAAAGCUUUAAUGAAGGGCAUAGAAACAUGGAAGAAAGAGACAAUGAUGAAGAAGGAAGCAGAAAAGCAGUUGAAAUCGGACUCCAAACCUGGUGGUGAGUGCUCAUCCAAGCAAACAUUCUUAUAUAUAGACCAAGUUUAG